CUGGUAGAAGCAUGUGAUGGUGAGGUGUUGACUGAUCACUGGGGGACACUGGACGGUCGGAGUGGACAUGUCAGCCAGGUCGGAGCGCAAGUACCGGAGGAGGAUCUCCGCAGACGGCCAGCCUCGGGAGGCGCCGGAGACACCAAACCGACCCGGCAGAAUGGUGCAUGGUUUGUCCAGAGACACCCCAAGUCUGAAGGGAACUGUAUCGACAUGUGAGGAAAGCUUCCCAACAGCUCUGCCAGUGCUGCUGGAUGUGGUCAGGGGUCCUGAGCGUCUUCCUGCAGACGAGGAGUUGCAGGAAAUGCUGAGAGGGAAACUGCGCAUUCUACAAGCUGACAGCACCGAGGUCAACGCUCUGUUCACGGAGCUGUCCACACAUCUCAUCUCCAUCAACAGUGAAGAAAAAGUGAUUUUUGUGAAAUUCAAAACUUUUGAGGAAAUCUGGAAGUUCACCACAUAUUACACACUAGGUUUCCUGGGUCGCUGUAUGGAGAAUCUGUUGUUAGACCAGAAGUUUUGGCUCAGUUCUUUGGAGGACCACAUCGCAAUCGAGGUCUCAAUUCAGGAGGACACUCUUAACCUGAUCUACAAAGGCAUCCUCAUGCAGGAAGGUUCAUUGUUUGCUAGCUGUAGUACCAACCAGAUGUUUGACAGCUCCACAUCUGGAGGUGACCUGUACCUAGAGCAGGGAGACAUAGCCCAGUUUGAGCCUCCCUUCCUGGGCUCAGGGUGGACAGUCCUCUGCCUGGCUGAUGGAGCCCGAGGGACAGCACCCAAACCUGUUCUGGAGCCAGUCGUCCCUUUUUAUCAAUGGUUUCUCAAAUCCUGCGCAGAAAGCAUUUUAGUUGGUGAUGGGAAACCUGCCUGUGAAUUCCCUCUGGAGUUUGCCAGAGGAACUUGUCUGGCCACAGAGGAGUACGAUGCUGAUGGCCCAGAUGAGCUGAGCUUGGCACCUGGUGAUUGCAUCAUCGUUGUGGGACUCCUGGUGUCUUGUUUUGAUUGGUUUACAGGGAGGAAGGAGGCGACGGGAGAAGUGGGUCUGGUCAAGACAAGCCUGGUGAAACCGUCCUCUGACAUCUAUGCCUCAGAAGAUAUUUUUUUGGACGGAGAGGAAGGGACAUUCUUCAGUCAGCAAGAGGACAAAGUCAUAAAGGAAACAACUGCCUCACUGAAAAAGAAAUCUCAAAAUGAUAUUGGUCAGAACUACAAACUGGAUAUGAUCAGUUACAAAGACUCUGAGAAAAAAACAUCACCCAGCUCUUCAAGUAAAGUUGAUACCCAGCAGCAGACUGACCUGAAGAGAAAUAUUCAGAGUAUUCUUGAUAAAGGCAGAGACUCACUGCCAGAUUCACCAAUGACCAUGAAUGGGACUUUAGAGGAUUCUGUCCUGGCUACAGAGGAAAAAACCACAAGCCCUCCAUGUUUUACUGUUUAUCCAGUUGUAGAAGGAAACAACAACACUGAGAACUUCAUUCCCCUCUUCUCUUUUUUGGACGGACAAGACUACAAAAAAGAGUUUGGCAUUCUCUAUAAGCUAAGUUCUGAACUCCUUGCCUCCUCCACCUUCACAGGUCACUCGGACGAGGACGAGCUGAUUGCCUUCCUGGGCGUUGCUAGGGAAACAGCCAGGAAGAAGCGACACUUUUGGUCACAAACUCGUUUGUGCUUUCUGUUGGGUAAGCUCUGUGCUGGGAGGUUAAAGUUCAGCCAGGCCCGGGUUUACUUUGAGGAAGCCCUCAGUGUGCCGCGAGACGGCUUCACGGACCUCAGACUACUGGCCAGCAUCUACUCCAACCUGGUCAGCAUAUACCUUUUGCAGAAGAAUACCGAAAGUUUCUUUGCCCUGACAGAGCGACUUGUUGCCUUGCUAUUGGGAAUCCCAUACUGUCUGGAAUACUUAGAGGAUAACUCUGCUCUUAAAUACAUCCUAAAGAAAGCUGUUCUCUCUCAGAACAAAAUGGCAGAGGCCCGAGCUUGUCAUCUAUUGGCGAAGCACCACUGGAAUCAUUCUGAAGGGGUGAAAGCUGUUCCUUAUCUUGAGAGACUACUUGUUCUUUGUGCUGAAGCUCAAAGCACAUGGGGCAUCUCUCCCAGUCAUGAAUACCUGACUCUUGGAAGGCUGUACAGUGAACUCGUACUUCCCCACCUCAGUGUCAGUUCAGCCAGGAGAGCUUCUCUGCAGCCCUCUGCUACACUGACGGACUGCCUUAGAAGCAUGGUUCUAGUUUUGGAUAAUGUCAGUAGACUGUCUGGUAUCUCACAACAGGAGACCUCCAUCCCACCUCAAGUUGCUCCAUGUUUAUACCAAGCCCUUUCCUCAAGCAAAGUCCAAGGAGAAAGAAAUGAUCAGUACCAUGUUCUGAGCCACCAGCUUACUCUUUGCCUUUGCCAACUCUUUUGCAAGCACAGAAUGGUUGGACGUGCCAUCAGCCAUAUGCAUACUCUCAUCAGCAACAGUCUAACCGCACUGCAAGUCCCUGUCUCUGUUCCAGAAAGAAAUAGUGCCCUCAUCUGGCUGGCAUGGCUUCAUAUUGACAACAAUCAGCCAGAUCUUGCUUUGGAUAUCCUGGAAGCUGUCCUAGGUUCCAUGCCAGAACACUGCACUACCCCCCAGGAAGGUGUGGUCCUAAACAUGCGUGGUGUGGCACUCCGAUGUAUGGGUGACAUCCGAAGGGCAGCAGAGAGUUACGAGGCUGCUGUGGACAUCUGUCAAGAGUAUGAAGACAUGCCAAACUGGGCUGUGGCUCAGGCUAACCUCGGGCUGUUAUGUCUAAAGGCUGGAGCCAAAAGACUAGCACAGAGACACCUGACUGAGGCCGUGCAGCUCUUCUCUGAGCUGGAUGAAGAAGGUCACAUUGCGAACUUCAUCACAGUGUUACUGGAGCUGGGGCAGCAUUAUGUGAAGCAGCACCAGCUGGACUAUGGGAAAGGAUGCUAUGAGUGGGCUCUGCUGCUGGCUAUCAACGCAAAUCUGUUAGACUGCCAGCUGACUGCAACCCAACACCUGUGCCAUCUGUAUGGCUGUGAGAGUCCAGACCAGGCCCAGUGCAUCAUCUACAGCCAGCACCAGGUCCAGCUGCUGAGACACACAGGAGACAGAGGACAGGAGGGUGACGCACUGGAAGCUAUCAGCCAGCUCUACCUCUCGCUGGGCACAGAAAGGGCAUACAGGGCAGCUCUGGACUACACCAAGAGCAGUCUGGGUAUUUUCAUUGACCUGGGCUGCAGGGAGAAGGAGGCGUAUGGCUGGCUGCAGGCGGGGAAGAUCUACCACCUAGUGGACCAGACUGAACUUGUGGACCUUUAUGUCCAGGCAGCUCAGGAUGUUGCUCUGAGUACAGGAGACACCAAGUUCCUUCUGAAGCUUCUGGAAGCUGCAGGAGACAUUUUCUUCAAUAGCAACCAGGACCGAGACAAAGCUAUCACCUUCUACAGGGACCGUGCCCUUCCCAUCGCAGUGAAGAGCAGCAGCGUGCACUCCAGGCUCAGGUUGUGUAAUAAGCUGACUGAACUGAUGCUCAGUCUCAAGCUGUAUGAGGAAGCUUUGGAGUUUGCGCAGACUGCACUACACAUCAGUAUCACACUGGGUGAGCGUCUGAAUGAGCGAGUGGCUUACCAUCGUCUGGCCUCUCUGUACCACUGUCUGGACCAGUAUGAACUGGCUGAACACUAUUACCUAAAAACCCUGACCCUAUGUCCGACACCUCUGCUGUUUGAUGAAGAGACACUGUACUAUGUCCGAGUGUACCGGACGCUGGGGGACAUCAUAUUCUAUGACCUGAAGGACCCGUUUGACGCUGCAGGCUAUUACCACCUGGCUCUAGCUGCAGCCAUGGAUCUGGGCAACAAGAGGUCUCAGCUGCAGCUGUGCACCCGCCUCGCCACCAUCUACCACAACUUCCUAGAGGACCGGGAGCUCUCUCUCUUCUUCUACCAGAAGGCUAGAGCAUUUGCGGCAGAGCUGAACGUGAGGAGGAUUAAUAUCUCACCGGAUCAACAGUAUAGCAGCGCCUCACAGUACAAGACCACCAGACAAUAGGAAAGACACUUUGAGAGGUCAAAUCUUUGUUUCAUACGAAAAACUAAACUUUAGCAGAUGGCUGGAUGAAUGUUCUUUUUUUGGUACAUAGAAAAAUAUGUUUCAUGAGAAGCAUUAUGUCUUAAGCAUUAAAACAACAGCACAAAUUUGACGAUUCCCAAAGGAAACCCCACCUUCAGAACCUUACUUGGAUAAGAUAAUAUUCAUCUAUUGCAUUGUGAAAACUGUAUGUUGCACACAUUCAAAACAUCAGGAUUCAACUUUACUCAGGCCUCUGUCAAUCCACCCACAGAAAAUGUAUAAAUAGAUAAAUAUAACCUAGAAUAUUGUAUUGUAAUUGUGUGUAAUUGCCUUAAAAAUUGGGUCGAUGUGCACAGUCAUUUAUGAAUUUUAUUCCUUUCCUUUUUGUCAUUUUUUUUGGAAGGAGAAGAAGAAUGCAGAUUUCAACUGAUCACUCAAACACAUGUACAUCAGCUGCAUAUAAUGAAAUCUUAUGUUUUCUGGUACUUGUUUUAAUAUUCCUUAUCUGGUGGCUUGCUCCUAUGUUUUCAGUUAGAGGCUCUAUGUCCAAGCAAAAAGUUAUAAAGACAGGAAACCAUUACGGAACAGUGGUAUCAUUAAACUGCUUAUCAGCUGGCUAAGUUAACUUUGGGUUUUCUUCUGCAGCCACAAGCAUAUUUAUGUAAAAGAGACAGAGCUGUAAAUUAAA